AUGCAAUAGGCUGGGCUGAGACUGGCGGGCUACUUCCUGGCGCUGGCCGGCUGGGUGGGCGCCGUGUGCGCGGCGGCGCUGCCGCAGUGGAAGCAGAGCUCGUACGCCGGCGACGCCAUCAUCACGGCCGUGGGGCUGUACGAGGGGCUGUGGAUGAGCUGCGCCUCGCAGAGCACCGGGCAGGUGCAGUGCAAGCUGCACGAGUCGCUGCUCUCGCUCGACGUGCACAUCCAGACGUCGCGGGCCCUCAUGGUGGUCUCCCUCCUCCUGGGCUUCGUGGGGAUCAUUGUCAGCGUCGUUGGGAUGGAGUGCACCAAGGUUGGGGAGGAGAACCCCAUCGCCAAGAGCUGGAUCGCGGUUUUGGGGGGCGUCUUCUUCCUGCUGGCAGGUCUGUGCGCGAUGACCGCGGUUUCCUGGUACGCUGCACGAGUGACGUAUGAAUUCUUCAACCCCAGCACGCCGGUUAAUGCCAGGUACGAAUUUGGACCCGCUCUGUUUGUAGGAUGGUCCUCCGCCAGCCUGAUCCUUCUGGGAGGUUCCUUCCUCUCCUGCUCCUGCCCCAAACCGGGAGAACGGGGCCAGCAAUACUACCGGCAAUCCCAGCCUUCAGCAGCGAGAGAACCCAAUGCAAAACGGGGAGAGCAAUCUGUUUAAUACCAUCACGGGGAGAUGCAUGGUGCUGUUGCUUUCCCUGCCGAGAGACCAAAAUGACUGUAACAACGACCCAAACAUUGCGCCCCGAGAUCUAUUUUCUGUAUUGAGCAACAAAACAAGAAAUCUAGCUCAAAUACAAAACUGAAAAUUGAGAGCUACUAGUCUUGUCAGCAUUCAUUAACUUCUUCCAUGGCAUUGUCUAUCUUGUUAGAUGUCUCUGAAUAA